AUGUUCCGGAGCAAACGAAAUUCACUGGUGAAGCGGCUGUGGAAAUACAGAAUAAAUGAUGAAACCAGGGGUUCGUCUCAAAAAGAGAUCUCCCCGUCUUCAUCAUCAUCAUCAUCAUCCAAGUCAUUGCCGUCCUCACAAGAAGAUGUAGAAUUAAAAUCAGUAACACAUUCAUUUUUCAAGCGAUUGAAGGAAGAUCAGCUGAAGAUCCUUGUACAAGCAAUGGAGUCAAAGGGAGGAGAAGUAACUCCCUGUGUCCCUGUUCCUAAAUCAGAUCUGUGUCUUGGAAGGCAUACUGUGUCUCCGUAUGUCCUGUGCUGUCGUGUCUUUCGGUGGCCGGAUUUAAGGUCUGACAUUGAAAUGAAAAGACUACCCUCAUGCACAAGACAAAAUGAGGAGAAGGAGUCUGUAGUGUGUUGUAACCCAUACCAUUGGAGUUUGGUUGUUAAAAUAGAUGAGCCCCCAAUACACACGAGGAAAUCAUCACUUUCUCUAGAACCGUUACAGAGGACAGGCAAGGAUUCGCACAAAUAUGGAGCUUACCGGGGAUUCCACGACCUUGACACAUAUUCCAUUCACAUUUUCCCUGACAUCAAACCUUGCCUGCUCUCUUGUAGGCGGAGGGAAAUGGAGGGAGGCCACACCAGUGAUGAUGCAGAGUAUGACUGUUUGCUGUGGUGCACCAUUGCUUAUUGGGAACUACGUGAACGAGUGGGUCGCCUAUUUUCUGUCACGGAACCUAGCGUGCAUAUAUUUCAACACUUACCUCAUGGAGAUGGCAUGUGUCUAAGACUCUUCCAGAAACCCACCAACAUAGACAUGGUGAAGAGAACCAGGGAGAAAAUAGGAUUUGGAAUUAUUUUAAGUCGUGAAGCAGCUCACAGAAACAACGCAAACUCAGCCAGGGCACCAGAGGAGGCAAGUUCUGCUUCGACAAGACCUGUGGGUAUUGUAGUGCCCUCUGAAUCAUCUCCAUCUUUAGGCAUUGUGGUGCCCUCUGUGUCGUCUCCUCUAUCGCCAGACAUUGUGGUGCCCUCUGUGUCGUCUCCUCCAUUGUCAGACAUUGUGGUGCCCUCAUUGAAACCAGUGACUAGUCCUUCAUGUGCUAGGAUGGAGGCUUCCAGGUCCCAAAGAGCCGGCCUAUCAUCUUUUCCAGCUACCUCUUAUUGCAAACCCGUGACCUCAUUCAGUGGAACACCCAAGCCAUGUGAUAGUUAUGAUUUAGUUGCUUGUGCUGGAGGAGGUGGUGAUGCUGCUAUAGGUUGUGAAGAGACAGAAGUUCGGUUCAAAUUCUGUGAUGCUGACUGUUGCCCGGAUCAGGCUGAGAGCCAGCUAGAGCAGCAGAAGCAACAAUCUUGUGAGGGUCCCUCAAGACAUGUGAGUGGCCUAUAUAAUGAAAGUAGCGAUUUGAAACCUACAAUAAUGCUGCCACAAACAUCAUCAACUUCCUGCUCCUCUUCAUCAUUGUUAUCGCAAUCCUCGUCGUCUCUUCCCCUGUAUACAAGCAGCAGCUCUGUGAGGGAUUCUACUGGCAUCACAGGAAAGAUAACCGCAGCAUCCAGCACACAGACCACCUCAGGCACAUCAUUCACUUCAGUGUCUUCAGACCUUCCCUGCAGGAAAGGCGAGGUCUGGGCUUAUAAUGCUUCAAACUUCCCCAUUUUCGUCAACUCCCCCACCCUGGAUGACCCCAAGUCUCCAAGAUCAUUAGUAGUGAAGAAAGUACCGCCCGGGUACUCUAUCAAGAUCUUUGACUAUGCUAGAGCAGAACUCCUAGAGAGGACCGAAGCCAGGAGUAUGUUGCUGAAUGAUGGACCCUUUGAUCCAUGCAGUGUACGGAUUAGUCUGGCCAAAGGUUGGGGCCCCAGCUACUCCAGGCAGUUCAUUACCUCUUGCCCUUGCUGGCUGGAAGUUCUUUUAGGCGUGAAAAGGCAUAGUCCAGUGUCAUGA